UAUCCGUCUAUAGAUUUAGAAAUACAUUGAUUCGUUUAUGUUAUUAAUGUUUAUUUUUCAUAUUUUUUUUAAUGGAGGGGUCGAAAUUUAUUCUUACGUAGGAAAUCAAAUACGCAAUCCUCUGUUAGUUUCUUCCUCGCUUUCAACGUGUUUGCCACCCGGUUGUCAUGGCAACUGGUCGUUCGUGACGACAUUCGAUUUAGUAGUGUUUGAGGGAGAAGGGAAAGCCGACAUCCAGGAGAAGAGUUUACUUAUUUUGCCCGGUUGACCGAAUGACAGUUGCGAUGCCAACGGAUACUGGAAGCGAAACGGUAGCAUUUACUACAGAGAAUACAGAUUCUGGUUUAGGAUUCUGUGGAUGGAUCUUCACACUUCUUUCUACUUUAGUAGUAGUUGUCACUUUUCCAUUUUCACUUCUCUUCUGCAUUAAGGUGGUGCAAGAGUACGAAAGGGCCGUCAUUUUUAGACUAGGCAGACUCUUACAGGGAGGUGCCAAAGGACCGGGAAUAUUUUUCAUCCUUCCCUGCAUUGAAAAUUACACCAAAGUCGAUCUGCGUACUUUGACAUUCGAUGUUCCUCCUCAAGAGGUGCUUACAAAGGAUUCCGUCACCGUCUCCGUAGAUGCUGUUGUUUACUAUCGAGUGCACAAUGCCACCGUUUCCGUUGCCAAUGUGGAGAAUGCUCAUCACAGUACUCGCCUUCUAGCACAGACUACCUUGAGAAAUAUGUUGGGUACCCACAAUUUGCACGAAAUUCUUGCGGAGCGAGAAGCCAUUUCCAAUUCCAUGCAGAAUGCUCUGGAUGAGACGACAGAUGCCUGGGGCAUUAAAGUGGAACGAGUAGAAAUUAAAGACGUUCGUCUGCCAGUGCAACUGCAGCGGGCAAUGGCUGCUGAAGCUGAGGCUGCCAGAGAAGCUAGAGCCAAGGUUAUUGCUGCUGAAGGUGAACAGAAGGCGUCUCGAGCCUUAAAGGAAGCUGCAGAUGUGAUAGCCUUGUCACCGGCGUCGCUGCAACUUCGCUAUCUCCAAACGCUAAAUACCAUUUCUGCAGAGAAGAAUUCUACCAUUAUUUUCCCCUUGCCUAUCGAUUUGCUUAGUCAGUUCAUCCCUAAAUAACAGCAUAUAACUCAUAAUAAGGAAAUCGUUCACAUUCCACUUCAACACUCACCAAUUUGAUGUUUUGUGUUGUUUUAAGAUAUUGCUUAACUUCUUUUAGACUUAAAAGAAAGAAGAAAUAUUUUAAAAUGUCUAUGGAAAAAUUUAUCUCGCGUAUAUGUAAACCUUGUAUUUUAAAAUGUUAUUGUUAACACCGUUAGUUCCUAGAAAGCAAUUUACACGUGGCUUCGAUUAAAUUUCUAGUCAAAUCUGGUACCUAGUUUCCAGCAGGAGCGUGUUGACGGUGCUCAUGUUGAACAGAAUCGUUCAGAUAAUGAUCUUGUCGAACGAAUACUUACCAUGUGUACCAUCAACACUAUCUUACUGAUAUAUUAAGUCGAGACUAGGUACCCAAAAGGAUUCGCGAGGAUUUUAUGUUAAAAUACACUGCUGACGCUUCCAUAUUGUAAGUGAUUUUAAGUAAAUUUGCAUAUUUCAGCAUUAGAUAAAUAAGAAAAUGAUCAUAAAUAUUCAUCAUUCUAUACUCUUUAUCCAAAUACCAAAUUAACGAUGAGUUUGGUACCCAUUCAAUCACUAUGUACUAUCGAAAGGUAUUGCUUAUUUUGUGUAUCUUCCACAAAAAUGGUUGCCAAUUGGAAUUUUUUAAAAUCAUUUUGACAGCUUUAUAUGUAAAUUUGAGAUCAAAAUUUAGUAAUCUUUUCUAAUAUGCACCCACAAAAUAUAUAGCCUAUACAUACAACUAGAGGCGGAUUCGGAAUACUCUUCUCUAAACAAAAAAAAAAAAA